AGUCCAGGGCUUUGGGCUGUCUCCAGCAGAGGUCUCGCGAGACUGUCAGACUUGUGGCGAGAGGCGUGGGAGGAAGGUUGUGUUCUCGCGAGAGCUCUGCCCUUGUGCCCUAGGCUUGUGUUGGGCCCUGUCUCUGUCCGCCCAAGGUCCUCUCGGAUCGCCAGGAGAGGCGCUCGGAACUGGAACAAUGAGCAGAAUGAAUGCCUCACAAGACCAGACUGGCUGCUCCAGUAAUAGAGGACCCCUUUUGAGGUGUAGUGAUGCACGGAGGGACUUGGAGCUUGCUAUUGGUGGAGUUCUACGGGCUGAACAGCAAAUCAAAGAUAACUUACGAGAGGUCAAAGCGCAGAUUCACAGUUGCAUAAGCCGUCACCUGGAAUGCCUUCGAAGCCGUGAGGUGUGGCUGUAUGAACAGGUAGACCUCAUCUAUCAGCUUAAGGAGGAGACACUUCAGCAGCAGGCCCAACAACUCUACUGGUUGUUGGGCCAGUUCAAUUGUCUUAUUCAUCAACUGGAGUGUACCCAAAACAAAGAUCUAGCCAAUCAAGUCUCUGUAUGCCUGGAGAGACUGGGCAGUUUGACCCUUAAGCCAGAAGAUUCAACUGUCCUGCUCUUUGAGGCAGAUACAACUGCCUUGCGCCAGACCAUCACCACGUUUGGGUCCCUCAAGACCAUUCAAAUUCCUGAGCACCUGAUGGCUCAUGCUAGUUCAUCAAAUAUUGGGCCCUUUUUGGAGAAAAGAGGCUGUAUUCCAAUCCCAGAGCAGAAGUCAGCACCCAGCAUCACAGCUGUCCCUCUCAAUAAGUGGCUCCUUGGAAGUAAACCUUCAAGUGGUCGUCAGGCUCCUUACCUACCCAGCACCAACCCCCAGGACUGGCUUACCCAAAAGCAGACCUUGGAGAAUACUCAGACGUCUGCUAGAUCCUGCAAUUUCUUCAGUAAUGUCUGGGGCAACCUAAAGGGCUUGGAAAACUGGCUCCUCAAGAGUCAGCAACAAGAAGUUACUGAAAAAACAAAUUAUCAAAAGUGUAAUAGCCAUUCUACUAGCAGUUCUUUCUCCCUUGAAAUUGAAAAGGUUGAAGAUGUAGAGCUUCCUGAUCAAGAUGAGAUGGACCUGUCUGAUUGGCUGGUGACUCCCCAGGAGUCCCACAAGGUGGAGAAGCCUGAGAAUGGCAGCUGUGAGACUAGUGAGAAGUUUAAGCUCUUGUUUCAGUCCUACAGUGUGAGCGAUUGGCUUGUCAAGCCUGACUCCUGUACCAACUGUCGUGGCAACCAGCCCAAAGGUGUAGAGAUUGAAAACCUGGGCAAUCUGAAGUGCCUGAAUGACCACUUGGAAGCUAAGAAAUCGUUGUCUCCUCCUAGCAUGACUACUGAGGAUUGGCUUGUCCAGAACCGUCAGGAACCAUGUAAAGUAGAGGAGGUAUGCAAAGCCAAUGAGCCCUGCACGAGCUUUGCAGACUGUGUGUGUGAUGAGAAUUGUGAGAAGGAAGCUCUGUGUAAAUGGCUUCUGAAGAAAGAGGGAAAGGAUAAAAAUGGGAUACCCGUGGAAUCCCAACCUGAGCCUGAGAAGCAUAAAGAUUCCCUGAACAUGUGGCUCUGUCCUUCCAGAAAAGAGGUAACGGAACAAGCUAAGGCACCAAAGGCAAUGGAUCCUUCUAGAAUUGCUGAUUCCUUCCAAGUCAUAAGGAAUAGUCCCUUGUCAGAGUGGCUCAUCAGGCCCCCACGCAAAGAAGGAAGUCCCAAGGAAGUGCCUAGUACCGAGGACAGAGCUGGCAAGCAAAAGCUUAAAAGCCCUGUGACCACUUCCUGGUGCCCCUUUAACACAGCUGACUGGGUCUUGCCAGGAAGGAAGAUUGGAAACCUCAGUCAUUUGUUGUCUGGAGAAGACAAAUGGCUGCUUCGAAAGAAGGCCCAGGGAGUAUUACUUAAUCCACCCCUACAGGAGGAACGUAACUGCCCCCCAGACCAUUGUGGCCUCCCUGCAGUUUGUGAUCUCUUUGCCUGUAUGCAGCUUAAAGUUGAUAAAGAGAAGUGGUUAUAUCGAACUCCUCUACAAAUGUAAAGGAAUGGACGACUAGAGUUGAACAGCUUUUCUGCAGAUUAUCACGUAUCCAUGAGCUGAGUGACCACAGCUUGCCAAAUCAUUGUUUCUGGGUCUGACCAGCUUAGUUCCUUUCCUGCUUAAUUUUGAACUAGUGAAGUGAAAUAAGUUACCAGAUUGAGUUACUGUGUAAAAGAAAAAGGCUGUUGUUGAUGCUGAGGCUAUUCCGUUCCUUCCUUCUUACAGAAGUAUUAAUUUACCCCCACACUAGAGAUGCAGCAUCUUGGUGGAUAGAUCUUUUUCAUAAGCCUCCAAGGUUCCUUAGAUUGGGUUGUUGCUAGAAGUAUAUUAAAACACUGUAGUUUUAAAAAUGAACUAUUUCUGUAAUCAAAGUGUACUGACAUACUCUCAAGUUAGUACACUUCCCUAACCUUUUGUUUGCCCUUCAGAUGCUUCUCUUGCUGUUGGUUUUCUUCUAUUAGUGGUCUGAAAUAUGAUUUUUCUGUUCUAUAUUUUGCACAAAUAAUUAACCUUGCCAAUAUAGUGAUUACCAAAAUGUAUAUUGAUAAUCUUGGCAAUUUUUGACAUUAAUUCCAAACUUCUUAACCUAUAUGUCAGUUCUACAUUGUUUUUCAUUUGAAAGAAAUUCAGCUAAAUUGUGUCUUUAUUCCUUUUUCUAAAUGUUAUUAUAGAAUCCAGUGAGCUCUUUAGAGGGACUAUUAUUUCAAGACCAUUUUCAGGUUAGAUCUAGCCUCUUCCAGUGCCCGCUGAGAGCAAAUAGCCAAUACAUGUUGGAAAUGUCAUGGAGUACUUGAACUAUUCACCGUCCUGGGGAUUAUUGGUGCAUCCUGUGUUAAGUGGAAGCUGAGUUUGACACCUGGUGCUUUUAAACGAGGGAUAAAGUUGUCCUCUCACUGCAAGCACAGUAUACCUGUACCUCCAAAAGUAUGAUGCAGUGACAUUUUAGUGAAUGGGCCAUUUUCAACACUUGUGCCUUGGAGUGUUCAUUGAAGCUUUAUGAAAACUAUUGAUGUUUUCUCAAAAUCCUUAAAGUCAUGUCCAUGCUUUAAAAAGUCCGUAGGAGAGAAGUGGGAUUUAUAAUGUUUUUAAAUUCAAUUCUCUAAGAUGAGAUAUCUUUGCUGCUUUCCAGGCUUUGAAAACUAUUAAGCCUCUUAACUACCUGUGUUACUGGAAAUAUUUUUUUGGGAAAUUUCAUGGUCCCACAAUGUCAUUCAACUCAGUUUCACUGGAUUUCUUUGAACAAAAGAGCUUUGUAUUACUUUUUAAUCUUCCUACAGAUACCGUUUAGAACGACUGUAAUAAAGGUGGUAGCAAAAACAGCUUAUGGAACCUUCCCAGUAUCUUAGGUUGCAACAAACUUUGUAGUUUCUUUUUUGAGGUCUAACACACUGUAUUUUACAUGAUCACAAUGUAAUUUACAUUGUCACUAUGUUAAUGAGUAUGUAAAAGAUUCUUUUGCAUUGAUGCAUUUUGUAUUUGUCUCCAUUAAAAGCAUAAUGGCCAUA